GUUGUGAGGGAAGAAAGUUGGGUGAAAAGCGGCAUCCCAAUCCAAGUCGAGUGAUGGUGAUGGGCAUCCCAAAUUGAGACAGCUGUCAAAACACACAUGGCUGUACAGCAGCUGUCCAAUCUCAAACAAGCCAAUCACAUCCUCAUCACAAAACGACAAAACCCAAACUCGCGAUUCCCAUUGCUGGCACUCAUCGCUACGUGCAUCCUCCCCGCACGCACGCCCGCCCAUGCUUAUAUACCCCUCUCUCAUUUCUUCAUUUUUCCCUUCUCUUUUUGUUUCCUCCAAUCAAUAUGGAUCCUUGCCCUUACGUGCGCAUCGCCGUCGGGGAUUUGGCCUUGAAUCUCCCGCACAAACCCCACCUCUCCUUCUACUCCAAAUUCAAGCUCAGAGGAUUCCCCUCUCAACUCUCGGACCUCCCAUGCGGCGGCGCUGUCGAUGCCAGGAUCCAUGCUUGCUUCACUUUGAGCAAGUCUGAGCUAGAGAAGCUGGUUGAAAAAUCUGCCAAAUUUUCUUGUCUGAAGAUCAAGAUUUACCGGCGCAGCUGUGAUGAGGGCAGCGGGUGUGGGUUAGUGAUGAAGAGCAGUAAGAUGUUAGGAUGCGUUGAGGUGCAGUUGGAUGUCAAGAGUAUUGUCGAGAGCAGCGGAUGCAACCGCGUCUGCCCCAUCCGGAGCAGGUGGAUCCCAAUCCGGAGCGGAGCGGAUGUCAAGCUCCACUUGAAUGUGCGGGCCGAGCCCGACCCGAGAUUCGUGUUUCAGUUCGACGGGGAGCCUGAGUGCAGCCCGCAGAUCUUCCAGAUCAACGGGAACCUCCUCAAGCAGCCUGUCUUCACCUGUAAAUUCACCUUCCGAAACUGCAGCCAGAGGAAUUCGAGAUCCAGAUGCUCGAUUUCGACAUCAGGAGGAGAUGUUCGAGAAGAGAGGAAGGGGUGGUCUAUCACAAUCCACGAUCUAUCGGGAUCGCCGGUGGCGGCGGCGUCGAUGGUGACGCCGUUCGUGCCGUCGCCGGGCGCCGACAGCGUGGGGAGAUCGAAUCCGGGGUCGUGGCUGAUCCUACGGCCGGGGUACAGCGCGUGGAAGCCGUGGGGCCGCCUCGAGGUCUGGCGAGAGAGCGCCAACGUCUGCUAUCGCUUCGAGCUCAUCCCCGACGGCUCCGUCGACGCGAUACCGCUCGCCAGUUCCAACGUCAGCGCCAAAAACGGAGGCAAAUUCGUGGUCGACAUCACAACGGGCCCCACCCCCAUGGCCAGUCCAAGCAGCAGCUUCGAUUUCAGCUCCGGGUGCGGGUCAUCGUCGGCGUCCGGGUCAGGAUCGUGGGCGCACCUGCUGUACCGGGGGUUCGUGAUGUCGUCGACGGUGAGGGGAGUGAAGCCGGUGGUGGAGGUGGGCGUGCAGCACGUGACUUGCACGGAGGAUGCGGCAGCGUUUGUGGCCCUUGCUGCCGCCAUGGAUCUCAGCAUGGAUGCUUGCCGGCUCUUCUCGCAGAAGCUCAAGAAGGAGCUAAGGCAACCGGAUCUUUUCUGAACCAUUUCGGGUCGGGUCGGGUGACUGACGGAUACAUUCGGAUGAAGUCGCUAUUGGACCGCAAGCUUGUAGCUGCAUACAUUAAUUUAUUUUAAUUUUUAGAGUACACCUUGUUGUGUUAUGCUCGUUUAUGGACUGUUGUGUUGUGAUCUACAUCUUGAGUUUCUGUACAGUCAUCGGGAGUUUAUUGUUUUUCUAAAUGUACAUUUCUUUAUUUCUUUCUACAUUAAUAAUGGACGUAUUUCUUUAAUAUUCA